AUGACCUCCGUCACUUCAGCAUCUCCAUCGGCGCAGAGUCAUCGGCGCACAGAAUCCAACGAGGACUCAGACUCCUGGCAACAUGUCAGUUCCAACCCGGCCUCCGUCUUUUUCCCAAGUCCGGGCAGCGGUGCCGGGAGCAUGGGAAGUUGGAUGAUGGCUGGAUACCCAAACAAUAUUGAGCGAUCACCACAAGGCAUGUCGCCAUUACAUCUGGAUACCGACUCCAAGAAUACGUACUCUGGUUCAUUUCCGGGCUCUUCCGAAAACGUCCUAUUAGCAACAGCAGACGACCUCCUUGACUCGCUUACGCACGACAUUGAAAGAAACCAGCAAUUCGUCCCAAAUCAGGACUUCAUGUACUCUGGGGCUUUUGACGCCAAUGUUGACUUGCCGCCGUAUUACGAUUCACUCCAAAAUGAAAUCGAUUUCUCGAAUGCUUCGAGUCUGGAUGGAUUGGACUUUUCUGCUCAGCCGACUGAUCUCGGCAUCCCGCAAGAUUAUCUCCAUGGCCCCAACGUGUCGCCGUGGACUGCCACCAACGUCAGAAGCCAAGAGCUGACCUUUGAGAACACCACAUUUGCUGCAUCAGACGCUUCUCAAGCCUCUCCCGGAAGCAGUUCGCACCACUCGCCACGCCACAGCCCAAUCUCGCCGCCAGCCGCCGUUGCCGAAAAGGCAGCGGCAGCACCACCCAAGCCCAGUCUCCGAAAGCUUCAGGGCAAGAGCAAGGUCGAGAAGAAGAAGGCGGCCGAGCCGGCCAGCAGCAAGUUUCUCAUCAUGACGCCCAUGCUCAUCAAUGCCGCGUCCGGCAAGCCCAAUCCCUACGAGUGCUUCGAGGCCAUGCGCAUGACGCACAAGGGCAGGAAAGGACCGCUGGCCAACGACACCAAGGAGAAUGCGCUGCACGUCCGGAGACUGGGGGCUUGCUUCUGUUGUCACGCGCGGAAAGUCAAGUGCGAUAAGGAGCGUCCCUGCAAAAACUGCUCAAAGCUGACGGCCGCCGUACCGCAAAUCAUGUGCUGGCAGUUUCAAGACUUUCUUCCCGUCUUGUUUCCCGACUUUAUUCGUGGACACUUUAAGAAGGACCAAAUGGCCGCCUUUGUCGCGGAAAAUAUCGAGAGCUUCACCGUUGGCGGCGUCGAGAGCCCCUGCGAGGUCGAGCUGUUUUCGGGCACGCGCUUCGACUCGACGCUCAAGGUCCGGGCCAAGUUCUUCACGGCCAAGACCCGCGAGGCCCUGCAGCAUUGGCACAUGAACGAUGGCCUGAACCAGCUCGACCUCCAGAGCCGCAGCUCGGCGCCCAUUGGCAUCGAAUUGGAUAAUGCGACGUAUAGGGACGAGCUGCGGAAACGCACGCGAGAUUACAUUCAAAAGAUCACCCUCGAGCCGCAAUAUGCGGAACAGGUGACGGACUCUUGCCGGCAUACGACUCUGCCGUGGAGGGUGCUGAAGAUUGUUCAGAGGUUUGGCCAAAGAUCUGACUCGCCCAUGGUGAAGAAGGCCCUGUCAAUCUACGCCAUGCACUACGUCCUAACGCGGCACCUGUGCAUCACGCCGGCCUCUAUCCACGCGCUGCAGCACACGAAUCUGAUGCCGCGCAACGUGCCCUGGCUGACGCCGCGUGUGCUGAACCGGCAGAUCAAGUCGCUGCUGGACGAGCACCUCCUCAAGGAGAUGCAGGCCCUCUUUGAAGGCUUUGCCAGGUCGCUCAAGCCCAAGACGCGCGGCGAGUGGGCGCCCUGCCUCGCCGCGUUCCUGGUGCUCUGCCUCUUCAUGGAGACGGUCGAGGCGGCUGCCGACACGUUUGUCGUUGCGCAAAACCAAGUCGACGGCCUCGGCGGCAGCACGGCGGCGCGGCCGUCGCCCGAGUAUCAGCGCGACUUUGCCCUGCGCAUCUGCCGCGAGGUCGAGAAUAUGCCGUUCAAGCAGUUUGCCUACCAGUUCCACCAGAUUUAUCAGACGCACACCAAGGACAUUUCGACCAAGGCCUUUAACCCGCUAGUGGACGAUAGUUUUGUCGAGCAGGGCGACCUUGACAUGCCGGCGUCUGAGAUGGUGGCCAGUCUUAAGGAGUUGUUGCAAGGAGAUUCUUACUAUGAGCUGGAUUUCUUGGUCGCUGAUCCCAUUCUACCCAACGAGGGAACGCAUACCUUUCCUCGUGACGCCUCGUUGAAUUAUACUGGGCGUCUACUGGCGAGAUUUCUGCUGUCUUUUCUUGAUGAUAGAUACCUUUUCGAUGGUAGAUAUUGA